AUGCAUGUUACAACUCUGAGGUUGGUCGUAUGUCUAAUGGUUUGCUGCGAUUUAUGGCCUGUCAGCAGCCAAAAGCUUGAUUCAAUCGAUCAAUCGGAAUUAGUGCGCAAAGCCCGUGAAAUCAGGCAACAUCUUCAAGUUCGCCAAACGCGUCAACUUCGUCAGGAACAAGAUAAAGAAACAAAAUGCAAAUUCAAAUUUGCCUUGCUAGAUUUUCCUCCUUACAUUAUGAACCAAAGUAUUAACCGAGGAUUUAUGUAUCAAACCCUAACAUGGUUUGUGGACAUAGCUUGCUUUGGUAGAGAAGCAACAGACCUCAUAGCUUGCAAAAUGGAGCCAGUAUUUGUUCAAAAUCAAGAAGAGAUGGUGAAGUUGAUUAAAAAUGGGUCGGUUCAUUUUGGUUUUCCAAUUCUAUCGGAUGCAAAACAAAAACUUACGAGUCUAGACAGUGUGACACUCAUCCGAGCAUUUGUAUCAUUCGGGUGUUCAAUGAUUGUGAACUUAAAGCAGUGCAAAGCAGAGUCACGGGAACAGUUACUGACUUCUAUUACGUCACAAUGGCCGAUAUUGGCUUCUAUCAUGUUACUGUCAGGGAUAUCUGGAGUGAUUAUUUGGCUCUUGGUAAGAGUUAAGGCUUAUAAUCGUCAAUCUAUACUAAGCCUCUAAAGCUCUGUAGUCUUAAUCCUACUUAAGGUUACAUUCAAACUUAGUUGUGACGACUUUAGCAUGAAAAUAGUUUGAGUAGGAAUCGACGGCACCAUUUUUGAGUAAACGGUUAGUUAGGCACACCUUAUGACCUCACCGAAAUAAAAAGCCAAACUAAAAUGCCCUACAAUUCAUGAAGCUACAAAUAAUGUUUGUUUGUUUGUAGGUGAAAAAAGACCGUUGCAAUGACUCAAACUAUCAUAUAAGAACAUUUUAUUCCAAGAUGCCACAAUUUCAGAUACAGUAAAACUGCUGCAAACUUUGUGCGUUGUAGUAAGGCCUUUAGUAAGCUUGAAGUUUUUUCUAAUCAAUUUUAUUUACUCCACACUAAACGUCACCUUAAUAUUAGUUUUUUUAUAUAGUAUUAAUUCAUUAAACAAUUAUACCAAUUUUCAUGACAGGAACACCGUUCAAACGCGGCUCAGUUUUCACCAUCGUUCACGAUAGGAUCACCAGAAGGCUUUUGGUGGGCAGUGGUAUCACUUACAACAGUAGGGUAAGUUGAUUUAGAUUUGGGUAUCAGGGGGAUCUUUUUUUCACUGCGCCCUUUGAAUACGAUCAAAGAUAGGCAAUAUUGUAAAACCCAUUUUUUUGUCGAAGUUAACACAUGCUUUGGGUUUGUCAAAAUCUCUACCAGGGUUCCAUUCUUGAAUUGGCUUCAAGUCUUACAAAUUACUAGUUGUUACGUGGUAUCGGGGUCCUCUCGUUCAAAGCUCUUCACAGCUUAUAAACCAAAAUGAAUAGUAGCAAAUAAAAGAAAAAUAAAUUUCCAUUGAAUAUAUUAAAACUAUGUAUCAGGUUUUUUCUUUUUUUUUUUUUUUGACAUGGUGGAUAGUGUAAGGAGAGGAGGGCGGGAAGGGGAAUGAGAUUCGUCAAAUUUAGAUGGAGUCAUAAUUCUUAGCUUAAACGCACAUACUCUGAUUAGUUUCAAUUUAGUUGAUUGUGAUCAUUAUCGAUGGGGCAGGGUAUUUAUUAUGGUACAGGAGAGAGGCAGUGUGGGCUAGUGGUUGGAGUGCUGCAUUUGUAAUCUGGGGGUCCCAGGUCUAGGCCCUCCACCCUCCGCUACUCACCGGGUUUGUUUACGGUUGCCACGAGUUUAAGAGUUCAACUCCUCGGCUGCGCUCUGUAUCUAGCCAAAUGCUCAGCCUCCUUCCAGUUGGGAUUUUCAUUCAUUCUCUAAUUUAUAAAUUCAUUAAUUUGUACUGAUCCUGAAAAGCCUCAUCGGGGAAGUGGUCAAUUAAGUAGACAUUAAGAAUUUUUAUACUUACUACACUAUCCUCAAAGCGCAAAGAUAUUUGGUUCCUAUUUUCUCAUUAGGUACGGUGAUAAGACGCCUAAAACCCUCUGUGGACGUGCAUUUGGUAUAAUGUGGAUCCUGAUAGGAGCAAUGAUGUUGUCGCUGUUCACCGCCUUAUUUACAAAUGCUAUGCAAGCUUCCCUGAAUGGUACGAGAUGUAGGGACAUUGGUGGCAAAAAGGUUAGUAACCCUAACAUGAACGCCUAAAACCCUUUGCACCCAAACAUCAUUAUGCCCCUUUCUCCAUACUUUUCUCUAUACAUUUCUUAAGGUGCUAGAAAAAAUUGUCUUUUUAACAAUCAAGAGCUUCUUUAUUUGGUGAUCAUUUCUUUUAUUCUCGUGACCUUAAUGUUUGAUUCAGGUGUGAUAUUGUAAGGAGAUAUAUUAGUUAGUUAUUUUCUUUGUUUUAAAUUAGAUUCCCUACAUUUUUAAAUUUAUCUUAACCCAAGCUUCGAAAGGUUUUCCCCUGAAAAAGUUAUAUUGCCAAUUAAUGAAAUCCUACCCUCAUCCAUCGAACUCAGGAACAACUCAAAUGCAACUCGGCCCUGUGACUCAAACCUUUAAGUCACAAGGCCGAGUUAUUAAAAGCAGGAUCAGAUAAUUCAGGAGUAAUGUGAAAUCUUAUUUAAGAUCUGAAAGCUGUAAAAGAAAAUUCAGCAUAAUUCUUUUUGUCGGCACUUAUAAGAUACUCUUAGAAAAAAAUAGAGAAAGUUAUUCGAAAGAAUAAAAGACACCCGCAUGAAAUUAGACCCGGAUUAGCGCUACUCAGACUUUGGACAGCUGGGCUAGGAAUUAUGAGCUACCUGAGUCCGAGUUAGCAAACCGUAUGGAAGAAUGAAAUUAACAUUAAACAAUUUUAAUUGAUUGUCGAAAUGGAAAAUUGCUCUGGUUUUGUACAACUUCGGAUAUUAUUGGCCCUUUCAACAAAAAUGCCUUCACUGUUCCUAUUAUUUAGGCUGGGUCUCUCUGGAACUACAACUAAAAUGUACUUUCGUUGUACAGACUUUUCAUAUUCUUUGCAAGAGGAAAGUACUUAUCAUUUGGCACUAAGCCUUUAUAGAUUGUGCUAGUAAAAGUAACAUAUUAUACUAGUGGUAUUGCUCGAUCAUUUUUCAAAUGGUGCACAAAAUUACGCUCGUUUUGAAAAUUAUGCUACUUUUUAUUUAAGUGUGCUUUACAAAAAAAAGAGAAACAAACGAAGUCCAAAUUAUAUAUUUGGCGUCAAUUAAGCAUGAAAUCUUCUCUAUUUUGAAAAACAUACUCUGACAAAACAAAAAUUAACAUUGGAUUCCAGACGAGAAGCAGUGACUUGACGAGUCAAAAUGUAAGUUUCUCUUUGGCGCCAUUUUUUGCCUGUGAAAGCGGGAACUAUAAACGAUGCAAUCUUUACUACGGAUGUGCCCAGUCCUCUAGACAACAAACGAUUCUAUACUACGGUAACCCUCUUCUUCCAGCGCAUUGAAAACCUGAAAAUAGACAUGAACCAUGGACCGAAUUCGAAAAUAAUCGAUCUUGGAGACCAAGACAAGUCAAGACUCUGGUAUAGUUUCCCUCAAAAUAAGAACAAAUAUCCUUAUUAGGCUUGCAACGCUACUUUCAUAAUAAAAAGCAAAAAUUGUGCUUGUUUUAAAAAUUUAGGUAACAAGUUUGGCCAGAGCAAUCUAUAAGGGCCCAACUGGCGUAUAAAAAAUUGUCUGACCCCAAUUUACUUGUUAGGUGGGUGUGUCCAACAAGAAUCCUGAAACGCAUGUAGUCGCUAUGGAGCUGGAUGCAGACUUUGUCAGUAAGUAAUUCUUUUCAGGUUAAUUUCAAUGUCUUUGUAUAACGUGUUGCAUGACCAUUUUUCUUCAGGAACGACUACUAAAGUAAAAAAAUAAGCUUGAAAAUUACCUUUUAAUUUCAGUCAUAUUUCGUAUAUUUUUGUAUCAAAACUCUAAGGAGAAAUUUCUCCCCCGCUUUUUCGCAUUUUACUCAUUAAGAAUUUGCGUUGGAGAACUAAUCAAAUGAAUUUUUAAUUAACAGAGUUCAACAACCUAGAUGAAAUGCAAGAAAGUCUUAGCCAAGGAACAAUUGGAAGAGUAAUGGUGGAUCGCAACACUGCAUUUCACUUUUUGGAUAAAUCUGGUUUAAAACGAAACAGGCAGAUCCGAAUGAUUCGUAACAUCGAUUAUCCAAUGGAAUAUUACCUGGCUCACGUGAGCCAUGACGUAAUGGCGUCACCGAAUGACACGAACGAAGUAUUGGCUAGAAAAACUGAGCUUUCGGUUUGCGGGGAAAGCCUGAAAGAGUUAUCAGCGGAUUUGGUUGCAGUUGCAAAAGACACUGCCAGAGAGCAACUUAUCCCUGUCGAAUUACAGGUAGUUAAUUGUUUUUUGUGAAUUUUAUAUAUUUCACCACGCACCAUUCUUCUCUUUAUAUUUAGCAUUUAUUCCGAUGCAAUCAACAGUUUGAAAGCUAUUUAUUUCUUUGUAGACAGCGGAUUUGUCCGAUGAAAUGGAAGGGUUAUUCUCCACUGGCUCACAAAUGACCAAAUUUAUUCUAUUUGCCUUAUUGGGAAUACUUGCUUUCCUAAUAAUCAUCAGCAAAUUUUGGGAAGUCUACCUCAACUGUAAGCCAACGGUACACAAGAAGAGAAAAGGUAACUGCUUCUUAAAUUAAUUCACCAUAGAGUCCUGCAGAGUAAAUAUAAAACAGAUACCUUUUGAAGAAAACUGCUCUAUCUUAAUUAGUAUAAAUCGUGGUAUUGGUGUGAUUCUAUAUUUUUAAAUUCAGAUGGCAAUCAAAGGCAAUGAGACAGUCACUCGUCAUUCAGUUGGUCAGUCUGUCAGUUAGUUAGUCAGGCAGUCAGUCAGUCAGGCAGCCAGUCAGUCAGGUAGUCAGUUAGUCAGUCUGUCGGUCAGUCAUCCAAUCAGCCAGUUAGUUAGUCGGUUAGCACUUCCCUCGGAUUUUAAUCAGAAAUGUGAAAACCUUCGUUACAUGAAAUAGUUCAAUACUUAUUGGAAGGUCUGUCAGUCAAUUAAUAAGUAAUUAUGUCAGUCCAUUUGUCAGUGAAAAAAUAGUCAUUCAUUCAAACGAUUAAUGACCGAAUCAAAUAUUGACUAUUUGUGUACUGACAAACGGAAAGACAAAAGUAAUAUAUUCAGGGAUUAAUUCAGUGGUUCAUUUCUUUAAAUGUCCUCUACAAUCCUUCUUCUAGGAAUGAUUCCUAGCAGCAGGAAGAUGUCAAUGAUGCAAAACUUCCUGGAUUUGGAGGAAGGACUAAAAGACAUAACGUCUGAUCUACAAAAAAUAAAAGAGGAAUUUGAAGGUGCCGCGAACGGUUUGUCUCCGGAAUACUCAAGAACAAAAGAACGCUCAUUUUUUAAUAAUAUGCUUGAUCUGAAUGGAAAGAAUAAAAAUACUGAAACAAUAGUAUAA